AUGCAGCUGGUCGUGCUGUGCGCCGUGUGCCUGCUGCCCGGCAGCCUGGCUCUGCCGCUCCCCCCCGAGGCAGGAGGCAUGGGCGAGCCACAGUGGGAGCAGGCUCAGAACUAUCUCAAGAGAUUUUAUCCACAUGACCCAAAAACAAGGGAUGGCAAUAGUUUAGAAGCCAAACUCAAGGAGAUGCAAAAAUUCUUUCGCCUGCCUAUAACUGGAAUGUUAAACUCCGGCAUCAUAAAAAUAAUGCAGAAGCCCAGAUGUGGAGUGCCAGAUGUUGCAGAAUACUCGCUAUUCCCAGAGAGGCCAAAAUGGACUUCCAAAGUAGUCACCUACAGGAUCGUGUCAUAUACUCAAGACUUAUCUCAUUUCAAAGUGAAUGAGUUAGUGGAAAAGGCCUUCAAAAUGUGGAGCAAAGAGAUCCCACUGCACUUCAAGAAAAUUAGAUUGGGAAUUGCUGACAUCAUGAUUGGCUUUGCAAGAGGAGCUCAUGGAGACUUCUACCCGUUCGAUGGGCCGGGAAACACGCUGGCUCAUGCCUUCUCUCCAGGGCCCGGCCUGGGGGGCGAUGCCCACUUUGAUGAGGAUGAGCGCUGGACCGAUGGCAGCGGCCUAGGAAUCAACUUCCUGUACGCUGUCACUCAUGAACUUGGCCAUUCUUUGGGUCUGGGUCACUCGUCUGAUCCUAAUGCCGUGAUGUAUCCAACCUAUGAAGAUAAAGAUUCCAAAGAUUUCAAACUUUCACAGGAUGACAUCAAAGGAAUACAGAAAUUAUAUGGAAAGAGAAGCAAUUGA